AGGGCACAAAACGAGACGAUGGAGUGAAUCAAGAUUUCUAGAGGCGGUUCUGAAAAAAAUUAAUUAUUAACCCUAGCUACCAAACCUGACCAUGAUUUGAGGUAAAACUAUUUAGGCGGGAAAACCUCAAAAUUUACCCUCCUCUCCCUCUGUUUCAACUUUUAUUUUCUCAAACACAAACCGAUUUAUUUUCCAUCCACUUCCACUCUCUCGAAAUGGCCAGUGGACGCCGAAAACCGACGCCGUCUCCUAAAAAGACAGGUGGACAGAACAUGGCAGAGGUGAAGGAAGACGCAGUCAUUGUCUUGGACGAAUCGUCUUCUGAAUCUGAGGUCAAAAAGUUACGUGAACGAUGGGAACUGGCUUGUGUUCUCAAUUUUUUGAACGUGUUUGAGCCAGUUAUUGGAAGUGGCUUGAAGUUGACCGCUGAAGAGAUUGAGAUGGGACUUAUUGAGCCUAAUAGUUCUAAUGCUCAGCUUCACAUUGUACUGUUAAAGGGGAUACCACCUGUGAGUAAACUAUUAAAUGGUUCUGAUGCAUGGGUGUCUGUACUUCGUAAGAAACUUGCUAUGUGGUGGCCAUGGGUUGCUGAAGGGGAGAUUCCAUUAACUGCAGUUAAGGGAGAGGAAAUAUCUCGAUACAAAGAAUUAGAACCAACAUGUCGGUUACUAAUUCUAAAAGUGCUUUGUGAAAUCCGAGCUGAUCAAGAUGAUGCUGUGUCUUACAUUAAUGAUGCCCUAAAACAAGGAAAUCAAAUUUCUAGUUUCCGCAAAGAUAAGAUUGGAAAAGAUGCAAAUGGAACUUCAUACUGGUAUGAUGGAAAUACAACUAUUGGUUAUAGGUUGUACAAGGAAGUAAACAAAACUGGGUUAAAAACUAAAUGUAAAGGAAAAGCGUGUUUAAAUCUACCAGCUAAUUGUACACAAUGGGAAACACUUGCUACCAAUUUUGAGGAAUUUUGCGAAGUUGUGGAUGAACUGUCAUGUAGCAAAGUUGUGGCAGAAGUUGCUGUUGGCAAGACAAUUGCCAAUGAUGCUAUUCCGGUUGUUGAAAAGUUACAUAAGAAGAAAGAAAGGUCAUUGAAACGGAAACAAACACAAGAGAUGCUCCUGCUGAAUGAUUUUAGAAAUUCUUGUGCUGUUGGGAUAACUCGUUCUUGUAGGAGUCGUAGGCCCAUCAGUUAUACAUUUGAUGAUUAUGAUCGGGCCAUUGAUGAGGCUAUAGCGCUAACAAAGUAAGAUUUAUCUAAUUUGAUUGUUUGCUG